AUGUCCGAUGGUAUGGGAAAUCUGUUUAGGAUACGGUGGAGUGAUCGAUCGGUUAUGCCUGUUGAGUACGAAAACAGCUUACCCGUCAGCGGUAUUGUUGCUCUUUAAAUUUAAAAUUUUAAUGUUCUUUCAAACAUUAAAAUUGGUUCUGCUACCUUAGGCUUCUGUAUCCGAUUAACCUCAUUACAAAAGCCAUUCAUCCGGUUCUUCUACCUUUUCCUUCAGAAUUUUUGCUUUGUAUAGCUUCAUCUUGUCGGACACGUAAAUGUUAUCAAUCUUGAUGAUCGCGUCCAGGUGGAAGCGUUCACUUCGCAGUUUCAUGGGAUUGACAUUAGAACCACCAUCUUCCGAGCGCAUCUGUGCCCCCUAAUCAAUCUUUGCAUAAAGGGUAGGGCUCUUUCCCUUUCUAGAAAGACACCUAAUCACAUCACUACCCGGUUUUCCCGCAUGUUUUGCACACUCCUUUUCCAAUAAUUCCAAAGCUGUCAUGAAUUCCUCGUGUGUGCCAACAGCUAGUGGAAUUGAAUAGUUGACUUUUUCAAACUUAUUGUUCAAACAUUUUCAAACUGUUUUUCAAACUGAUGAGGGGGGUGAGGGGGGGGGGGGGGGUCCGAGAGGGGUGCGAGGGGUUGCUGGGGGUUGGUGGUUGGUGGUGACGUCAUAGGUCAGGAGAUGUUAUAAACUGGAAGUGACGUCAUCAGAUGCGCGUGUGAGGUGCGCAGUGGUGCUUAAUUGGUCUUUUUUGUCACCCUGGGGAUGGGGGUGGGGGUGAGGAUUUGUCAACAAAAUGUCCCAGAAUCGGCGUUUUCCUACUACUAGGGUCUUUUCUGAAAUUGCGGAAUGAGAUUGACAAAUAACAGUUAGCGAAUUGAACAGUGACCGCCAAGUGUCUUUGGAAGUGGGGACCACGCCUGUGAACAAAGCCUAUUUUAACCGUAUAUCAAUUACCUUUUCUUUCUUUUCUCGGCGAGCAAGUGAAGGGACCAUGGCCCCAAUAGCUCUCCCCCCAGCUCCAUGCACGGUCCCAGAAAGUUGUUCAAAAAAGCAGGCAUUUUUUUGACAGUUGAUUCAGACUUUAUUUGAUUCCUAAAAGUACACUUUCUUUCUUUUUACUCGACACAAUGGAAAACAAUAUAGUUGCCGAAAGGUGUUUCUCACGUAGUGUCAUCGCCGCUAUCUUCGAUGAAUUUGACAAACCGUUUUAUUAAUUUGCCGGCAAUUCUAAGUCCACCCAACACGGCAAAAAUCUCUUUCGUACUUUGCAUGAAACCCUUUCAUAUCGAUAACAUACAAAAUUAAACUAAUACAUGGAUAAUUUAGUUUAAUCACACUUGAAUAAUGGCGUUCGGUGCAGGCUAUAUAUUGUUGACCAUGCUCAUCCAAAUAACACGUUCUGCAACUUCUGCGUCGACUGAUCAUGAUCGAUUAUCCAUUCAUCAACUGAUCAUGAUCAAUUAUCCAUUCAGUGCCACGUUGAACGUUGCUUUGAAUUAAUAUAUUUUGUCCUCUAUGUAAAGCAAAAUAUUAAAAGAAGUGCUGAUUUAACAAUUUAAUACUUUGCCAUGUAUAUACAGCUAAUCCAAAGGGCCCGAAAAGUGGGAACGCUUUCUAUCGUAAAGUUUGGCCGCCUGUUUAUGCACAAGAAUUAGCUAUGACCAUUAAGUCUUUCUGACUAAAUACGGCAAACAUGUAGAGUUUAAAGCUUAGUUUUUAAUUAGCUGUAUUUUAAAACUUCCAGUCUCAGCCACAUGAUUUAACUAUACGUGGAUAUCGUCAAAAUUCAGAAUAUUUACUGUUGCAAGUUGUCUCGCAGGAAAAUGUAACCCGCUGUGCGGUACCGGAGUGUACACACAUGCAGGAACAUGUCAACCAAGUGGAAGAUGUCUGUGUUUCUGGAGGUGGACUGGACCCAAUGCUCAGUACACAACAAAUAACCGAAUUUUGGUACGUAAUAAAUUUGCCAUUUUAUGCCAUUGGGAUUGUGCAGACGUAUAUAUAGAUGUAUGUGAAAAUCGCUGAAGUCACACUGUGCUAGUGGAUGAAAAAGAGAAAGUGAUUCUGAGCAUUUUUAGGAAUAUUGCGUUUCAUCCAAUUCUUCGAAAUAUAUAUUAUAGAAUGGGUCAAAUCUCAGAAUGUUUUUUUUUAUUUUGGCCAACUCUGACCUGAUCUUUCGAUCCCUGUCAUUUGAGGAACUUCAACUUGGAAGUUUCGUGCAAUCUAGUCAAUCUCCUGAACUAGUGUGCUCAUUGCAAGAAAAUGUAAAAGUUACAUAUAAAGAUGUAAUUUUUAAUCUUCAUAUUUCUUCUAGGCUGACUACUGUCGUAUUCCAUGUCAUUAUACUCCUGACUAUAAAAAUCCAGACUGUGUGAACUCCAAUCAAACCGGAAAAUGUAAAGUGCCAACAUCAACAACGCCAACGAAGCCUUGUGAUCCUAAAUGUGGAAAUCGUAAGAACUAUACUGUUGAGCAUGGGUUUUACUGAAAUAAAAUUUAACUUACAUUAUGCAUCCUAACACCUUAUCCAGAAGUCAUUCAUAGUUUUUAUGAUUCACACUGCGAAAAUAAAUUCAUUAUAUAUAUUGUAUUUUAUUCGCAGCGCCAUAUCACGGUCGAGGAAUAUGCAUGAGUGAUGGUCGUUGUCUCUGUUGGUGGGGAUGGACUGGACCGAAUGCUUGCUAUGUUGAAGAUGGAACAUAUAGGAACAGAAUCAUUGUAAAUAAUUCGAUAAUGGAUAGCAAUAUUUAUAGUUCUAAACUAUACUUCUGUCAGAAAUGAAAUAGUAGUCUUCCCUUAAUUAUAUAAUUAUCCAGUGUUACUGCAGGAGGAGGUAGACUGGAAUAGCAAUGGCAACUGCGGUGCAUGUUUGGUAUGGUCAAGCCGGGAGAAAGCCCUCUUCACAGAAACAACUGAGGCGAAAAAUAAUACACUUGCACAGACUGCAGGAAUAUAGGCCAAUCGCCGAGGUAUAGAAAGGCACAAACUAGUGGGCCACCAACAUUUCUAUAAUUAUGUGCAUAAUUAGCAACUUGAUGAAUAUCAGCAGGUGAUUUCCCAGGCUGGAAACGGAUUCUUAUUAUCAAAAUUAAAUUUUAUAAAAUGUCUUUGUUUAAAAUCUUAUGCUGGACUUUAAUUUUUAUAACAAGAAUACGUGGUGAAUAUCUCAUGACUUGAAGUGUAUUCAAUUGACACAGCAUUAUCAGAGAAAUGAGUAUUUUUAUAUCUACUACAGGCAGACUACUGUGCGAAGGCAUGUCAUUUUACGCCCUAUGUACGGAAUCCUAAAUGUCUGAAUGGAUCUUGGGAUGGAGAACAAGUCACUAAGACAACCGAGAAAGCACCAACUGAAGUUGAAACAACUGCAAAAGGUGAGUGUAGUUAUUCAACUUUUCAAGCAUUCAAUUUUAUAUCAAUCACAAAUUUGUACCUGUAAUGAACGUACAAACCUGUACAGAAUUGCGUACAAACCUGCACAGAAUUGCAUCUGGCGAAUUCAUACAGCCUUGAAGAUGUGUUUAUUUCCUUUUUCAAAUAGUUUACGAUACACGUGCCAUUAUGUACAAGAAAAUGACGUAUUCUUAUUAACUAACUGUAUUUAGGUAACAUGUACAGUAUAUUAUACUACAAACAUGCGAUUGGAUGUUCUGCUAUUCCUUAAGAUUCUCGAAUAAAGCAUGUGUUGAAAUUGAAGAUGCUCCGCAAUUUUGUUGCUAUAGGAUAAAUAUUUCCUCCGGGAUCUAACUCUUCAGGUCUGUUUUUUCUACACGAAACUCGCAGCCUUCCGAUUAGUGAAAAAAUGUACUCUUAUUAUUACUGUAGUUCCAUGUGAUCCACUCUGUGGUACUGGUGUGUAUACACAUGCAGGAACUUGCCAGCCAGACGGGAGAUGUUUGUGUGCUUAUGGUUGGACGGGACCACAUGCUCAAUACACCGCUGGUAACAGGAUUCUGGUAGGUGUGCCAUUAUGUAGUAAUGCAGGAAUUUAGUACGAAUUUAACGAUAUACCUAAAGGUGGGAUAUAGAAGUUCAUAUAUAUAAUUGUGCUUGACUAAGCGACUUGAGCAAUUUUUAAUUAAUCACCUUUUAGAGUGUGAGCAAGGUCUUAAUCCCUCUCCCUUGGUGGCGCCCCUGAAAACAUGGAAUUGACAUGUCAUCAUUUUGGACCCCAGUGACACAGAGAGCCUAUUAAUAUUCUGAUACAUCUAUAAAUACUCCUAGGCUGACUACUGUCGUGUACCAUGCCACUAUACACAUGAUUACGAGAAUCCUGAAUGUGUCAACUCCAAUCAUACUGGUGAUGAAUGUAAAGUUCCUGAUUCAACUACGCCCACAACGCCUUGCGAUCCUCGAUGUGGAAAACGUACGUAAAACUUGAUAUAAUAUUUUACUCUCUUUCUCUCUUUGACUUUGACCAGAAUAAAUAUAUUCUUAAAGUCAGGCAACCGUGAAUAAAAGUUCAAGACCAAACAGUCGACAUUCAAUAAGAUUUCUAAAUCUUUCAUAGACAAUGGUUCAUUUCAAUGGUUCAUUUUGAUUUGGUAAUAAUAAUAAAGUAUAUAUUAGAAAAGUAAUAGACUAAAUAAAUUUCUGUAAAAAUUUGUAUUAGAUCUCGCUCUACCCAAAACUGGAAUUAAUUUAUAGCUUCGCUUAAAUAACUUAUUCUAUACUACAAUGCAUGUACAUUGAUCACUAAAAUGUCUAUUUUUAAUACUGGAACUAAAUCGAGUUAAUUGUACUGUCGGCUGAAAUUUGUACGUGUCCGCAUUCUUUACUGAAAUUGAUAAAUAGCUCAAUUGAUAGCUGAUGAACAUGAAACAGCGAUUUUGAACUGAUAAUUUGCAAAUAUUCCACGAUCAGGUGACAAUACACGCUUCCGGAAAGUACGUCACUUUGGCUAUAGAGCUUCGUUUUCACGAUUGAGACGAAAACGAGGCUCUAUAGCCAAAGUGACGUACUUCCGGAAGGGUGUAUUGACUGUAAUUUUAUUGGCAACUGACAUCCAAGGACCCCCAUCGGUUUCAUAGCCAGGAUACGUGAAAAUGUAAGAUCGAGUAAACAAGCGGCUAUAUCGUGGUGAAAUGAAAAAUAAAUUUAAACUUCAGUUCGAUAGCUCAGCAACUUCCACCACGGUGCGUCAAAAUAAAAAUUUGAUAUUAGUAUAUACAGUACGUAAUUUUCUCCAUACAGCACCCUAUUAUGGAAAAGGGCAGUGCCUCAGCAAUGGUCGGUGUUUAUGCUGGUGGGGAUGGACUGGACCCAAUGCUUGCUACGUUGAAGAUGGUAGCUACAAGAAUAGACUUAUUGUAAGUAUCGAUCAGAUAGUCAGAACAACCGCCAUGCAGUCAUUCAGAACAACCUAAAAAAUUAAAAAUAAAAUUAAAAAUAAAAUUAAAAAUACUUUGAUGUUUGAAGUGAAGAGCCUUAAUUCGUUACUACUAGCAUCAUGAUGAAGGAUCUUGAAUAUCUUUUUUAUGUUCCCUGCCAGUUUUUACCCAAGCCACGCCGUUUAUUAUAAUUACAAAUACAACUAUAUUUGAACAAGCAUGCAUUUAUCCUGGUACAUGGAAACUGCGCAAGGUUGCAAGUACGCAUGUGCAGUUGCUUACGAUCGUAAACAAGGGAAUAAUUCUUCACACAAUUGUUUUAUAUAGGCUGACUACUGUGUGACCGCAUGCCACUAUACACCUGUUGUCAGAAAUGGGACAUGUCUGAAUGGUACUUGGCCGCCUGUUGUAAUAGCCAGAGCUAUUGGUAGGCAAGUUGCACCAGUCAAGAAAGGUGAUCAAUGUUCGUCAUUUUGUCUUCAUAGUGAGCGUUCAAGGGUUUCUUACCUUAAACUAUUUAUUUUGCGCCAGAUGUAUGCAUUAUAAUGUACUUAUAAAGAACAACUUUUUUUCUGUGUUGGUGUUGUGUACUCAGGUGAAUAAUAUGUUUGCGAUGUUACUCUGAGUGCAUAUCCACACCGGGCGAGCUUGAAAAACAUGCCCGGCCAUGGUGGGAUUCGAACCUACGACCUUUGGAAUACUAGCCCAAUGCUCUUCCAACUGAGCUACGCGGUCAGGACGGUUCGAGUAAGUGAUAUUUCGGAACAGUAUCUAGUUCCUUCAAUACCAAUGUGUUCUAGUAAUAUGAAUUUUUCGGUGUUGGUGUUGUGUACUCAGGUUAAUAAUAUGUUUGCGAUGUUACUCUGAGUGCAUAUCCAAACCGUCCUGGCCGCGUAACUCAGUUGGAAGAGCAUUGGGCUAGUAUUCCAAAGGUCGUAGGUUCGAAUCCCACCGUGGCCGGUUAUGUUUUUCAAGCUCGCCCGGUGUGGAUAUGCACUCAGAGUAACAUCGCAAACAUAAAGAACAACUUGGUCGUCCCCUUGUCCCUUUGACGAGAAAAAUCGUGUUAAACAAGGUAAAAUAAUUAAAAGAUACCCACUGGGCGCAUUGCUGCUUAAUUAAAUAUAUCUUAAGACUUAAGUGACAAAUAGAAACAUCGGAUGCAAAAAUAUUAGUGAUCUUUCAUAUUUCUGUAAAGGAGAGUUGAUGAAUAUACAAAUAAUGAAUGUUUAUGAGUGCAAUGGUAAGAAUAUUUUCAUGAGGUGAAAGAUGGAAUGUUCCAUUCAACGAGGCGACAGCCGAGUUGAAUGGAACAUUCCAUCUUUCACCGAAUGAAAAUAUUCUUACCAUUGCACGAAGAAACAUUCAUUAUUUGUUUUAUAUAAAAGCAAAAUAGACUAAUAGAUUCGUAUGAGAAGCAUUUUGGGGGAUGCGAUUUAUCGAAAACACAAAGAGUGCAAUUGUACUAUACGUUUUAUUCCAUUGCACUCGCGGAGAGUGCAAUGGAACGUGUUCCAUUGCACUCUUGGGAAAUGGAAUUUUCUAUUCAAUAUCACGUGACCAUAAACAGCCAAUUAAAUGAUUAGAAUUUAUUAAGGUAUUAUAUAAAACUAACUAACCUGACGAAAAUAUACCGUCAUCUCUCACCAUUACCCAUUGUCUACUAUUGCGCCAUUUUAGAUUUGGGUCUUAGAUUUCAGUCGUGUUCUGUCCGUCGUGAAGACGGGAAUUAUUUUCAGUACAAAAUAAUUCAUUUAGUAUUUUAUUAAUUACUAAUACCAAGAACUGUCCUUUUGGCUUAUAAUACCAUUUGGAGCAUGGCGUUGUGACUUACCUGAUAUUGAUAUUGUUCUCUGCAGUUGCAGUAAAAUGCGAUCCAAAAUGCGGCACUGGGGUGUACACCAAUGCUGGAACAUGCCAGGAUGAUGGAAGAUGUCUCUGUUUCUGGGGUUGGACUGGACCCAACGCUAAAUACACCACGAACAAUAAAAUUUUGGUUUGUGUAAAAUUUUAUAACAUUAAUAUAGGGAAGCAGGAUAAAAUCUUGAUAACGAAAUCUUCUCAAAUACCCAAACACUAUGAGAAGCUAUACUGUUCGUAUGUUUCUUUCUAUCAAUUCACUUCUCUGAUGAAAAUUAGAGAAAACUCCAGAUAUCUUAUCUAUAGCUUUGUCUAAGGAAGCAUUAUGGCACAACACACGGUGCUCAAUUAAUCUCAAAAGUGUUAUUAACAAUUACUGGAACAACGUAGUUAGAAUUCGACCUCUUGUUUAUUAACUGGAAAAGACUUUCUCAAUCUGAAUGUUAUUGUUUCAUGCAGGUUGAACACUGCUGCGUGAUAGUGCUUAAGCUGAUUCAUCAGUUUUUUACUGCGCAUAUCUAAUAACAAAUUCUAGCUAAUAUAUGUAGUCGAUCUGCAAUGUAGAGUGAUAAAAAAAGAGUUAGGGCAAAGAGAAAAACACUCUGCAUUGAUAUAGGCGUGCUUCAGGAAAUAUACCUUCAAAAUAUGAUAUAUAUAACUCUGGCUAGGGCUCCUGUGCAACUAACACUAAACCACAUCAUGCAUGUUGCAUGUUUGACCCUUGUAUCUCUUGAAGAAAGCCCGUGAUCCAACUUUUUUAUUUAUAUUUGUGUUCUUCUAUACGUUUUACAUGUCAUAUCAGAAAAUAAUAGAAAAAUCAUUUCUACAAAUCAUAAUUUUACAUUUGAUGAGAAAAGACAUCUUUGCACGUCAAUGGUUUUUGAUUCGCUAAAAUACCAUGUUUUGUUGUAUAAAUCACUAGAUAGACAUUUUUAAUAGGAUCCUUGUUAAAAAAAUUCAAUAACGGUUGAGAAAUUGCGAUUGUUCCUGUAACUCGUAAAAGGGUCAAGAUGGCGCCAUAUGGGGGGAAAGGUGGCAUAUCGCACUUGUCAUAUCUUCGAAACGAGUUCGGUGAGCCCAACUUUUUUCUGUUCUUACUAUGAGCAUAUCCCAUAAACGUCUCCCCCUGGGAGGUUUCAGCAAAUUCUCAUAUCCAGAACAAUUACUGAUGAAUCACCUUUACGACACUUUAACCCUCCAAAUACCACGGCCAGCGUUCAAUUUUAAAAAAAUACCAAAAGAACAAGGUCAUCUCCAAAGAAGAAGGUCAUUUUGAGAUUCAAUGUGCAAGACAGUUACGACAAGUUUUUGAGACUAUCGUCUUGUUUAAUUCAUAUUAUUGUUCAUCCUUUAAAUUUCAAGAUGACAUUUUUGUUCGGAGUUUGUUUGAAGCUAUAUAUUAAACAAGAAGGUAUUUAAUUAUAUUGACAGCUUCAAUGCUUUGAAAUUUCUAGGCUGAUUACUGUCGUAUACCGUGUCACUACACCUACGACUACGCCAACCCAGAAUGUGUGAACUCUAACCACACAAAACACGAGUGUGUACUACCUGCCAAGUCUGAUCCCAAGGUACCAUGUGACCAAAGAUGUGGAAAUCGUAAGUUUCUCUUAUUAUAUGUUAUCGACGUCGCUACUAGGUCUGACUAAGCUCGGUAGUUUGUUAAUUUAUUUUCCUAGAAACACCAUGCAGAGUUUACUAAAUAAUAUAUUUUCAAGCUGAUUUUUAUAACCACCAAUAUGCUCUGAAAUACCGAAUUUCAUUUUUGGAUAUGUUAAUGCAGGUGUCUCACAGACUUCUUAGAAUAUCCUUAUAUCGCCUUUUUCCACAUUUCUUUGCACCCUGUGGGGGGGGGGGGGAUACGCGUUAGAAUCUCGAAGUUAAAACUAAGUCUCGACUGAGGACAAUGACGAUUUACCGGAGGAGCUUCAUCUGUAAAAUCUCGUUAAAGCGUUUGUAGAUAUGGUUCCGAAAAGAAUGGAUUUCGUUUAGAUUUUUAACUGUUAGAUGCAUGUAUGUCAUUAUCAUAGCAUGUAUAUUUUUCUCAAACUAAUAUUCUGUAUGACAAGUAAUGCAAUUUUGAAAAUGCGGAAAUAAUUGCUGUCUCAUAGAACCUCGAAUUAUCUAAUGCAAAAUUUCCCGGAUCAUAAUGACAGUGGGAUUUUCUCUCCCCAGGAUCACAGAGGAGAAAUAAGGUGACGCAGACCCCUCUUCCAGAUUUCCGGGCUGAUUUUUCCAAUUCAUUUAAUUCCGAGGAGAAAUGUUUGGAAAAUCAUGUCAUUGACGUACUUUAUAAUCUUUGGAAUUCUGUGCGUGCAAAAUUUCACCUCAAAAAUCUUGAAAUCGCUUUUCAGGGACUCUCGAUUUCAAAAUUACGGACACCUGUAUAGCCGGUCUCACGCCUUCGGUGUUCGCUUUGCCCCCACCCCUCCUCACAAAUUUUUGAAGAUUAAAAUUUUUAAAUUCGUUUCCAUAUGUAGCUCCAAAUCAUGGCAAAGGAUGGUGUUUGAGAAAUGGAAGAUGCUUGUGUUGGUGGGGCUGGACCGGUCCUGAUGCGUGCUAUAUUAACGGUGGACAUUUUAAUAACAGGAUUCUUGUAAGUCUUCGAUUACAAUAUUACUUCUUGUCUGUUUUGACAAAUUUAUUUGAAUCAAUAAUAUAUACAGUGUAUUAGAAAAUGGUUAUUGGUCAUGAUAUUAAAUAUAUUAUAUCAUAUAAUUUUAGGCUGAUUACUGUGAGAGACCAUGUCAUUACACCCAUGAUGUUCGUAAUGCAACGUGUUUGAAUCUCAGUUGGAGUGGAAGUGAAAUAGGUAAUAAAUACGUAAACAGAAAGAGUAGUAAGUACAGUACAGUACUUUGCCUUUGCGAUUUUUAUAUUUGUCAUAAUUUUUUAUUAUUAAUUAUUACGCAAAAUGGCGCUUAUAAUUUUAUGAUUCUGUAUGGGGCGGCCGUAUAAUCUUGCAUUUAACUGAUAUGACUUUGAAUGCAUUCACACAGGGGGUACUUAUUUCAGCAUGUUACCACCCCCACCCCCUCCCCCUUCCACUUGUGAAAAAAUCCUGCAGCGUACGGGCCGUACGAUUACCUGAUAUUAUUUUAUCCCUUCUCCAUUUGACCUGAUAUAUCUUACUUACAUAUAGACAAUCGUUAUGUGAACUUCACUUUUAUUUAAUUUAUCAGCUAAAAGAGGAUUAAACGGAGAGAUCAUAGUCUAA